AUGGCGCUGAUGAGCGUCUCGGAAGAGGCGCUUCCGGAGGGUGACGUGGACGAGGCGCGCGCCGCAGCCGCCGCUGCGCUGCUCGAGAGCGAGCUCCUCCAGAAAUCGCCGGGAAACGCGGCGGGAGAUGCGGCUGGGGAAUUGGCGAAGGGAGGAGCGGAAGAGAGCGGGAACGAGGGGCUUUUCGAGAAACUCGCCAAGGCAGAGACCGAUGAGGUAGCUCUCCUCCAGUUUCUCUUUCCUCCCCCGUCCCUUACGUUCUCCUUCCCUUCCCCGCGUCUCUCCCGCCCAUCAGAGAACGAGGGGCGGCGGGCCUUAGACCUGGAAUUGCAGGCGGACGAGGGGCCAAUAGAGGAGGUCGCCAAGGCAGAGGCUGAUGAGCCCGGGCGGGGGGCGUUUGGCCUGGACUUACAGGCGGACGAGGGGCCGAUAGAGGAGCUUGCCAGGGCAGAGGCUGACGAGGCUGAGGCUGAUGAAGACACUCACUUCCAGAACGAGGGGCGGCGGGCGUUUGACCUGGAAUUACAGGCGGACGAGGGGCCGAUAGAGGAGCUUGCCAAGGCAGAGGCUGACGAGGCUGAGAUGCUUCUUGAGCAACUGGGUGUGCCUCCCCAGUUCCCGCAUGGGCUGGCGUCCCGCGGCAUCUUCUGCAGCCGCACUCUCAACCUGCGAUCGAUCACGACCAUCGGAUAUGACAUGGACUACACUCUGAUUCACUAUAACGUCAAUGCCUGGGAAGGCCGAGCCUACGACUAUGCCAUGGAGAACCUCCGAGCCAAGGGAUACCCGACCGAGGAGCUGAGGUUCGACCCGGACCUGGUGAUCCGAGGGUUGGUGAUGGACAAGGCGAGCGGCAACCUGGUGAAGUGCGACCGGUUUGGGUUCGUGAAGCGCGCCAUGCACGGCACUGAGAUGCUCUCCAACAAGGCCAUCAGCAAGCUGUACGGCCGUGAAUUGGUAGACCUGAGGAAUGAAGGCAGGUGGGAGUUUCUGAAUACACUGUUCAGUGUGAGCGAGGCGGUGGUCUACAUGCAGAUGGUUGACCGCCUUGACCAGGGGCUGCUGCCCGCUGAGGUGGCACCAGGGGACUACAAGACCCUUUACUCGGUGGUGGCAAGAGCUCUCUUCAGAGCCCACGUAGAGGGGCAGCUCAAGGCUGAAAUUAUCAACUCACCGGAGAAGUUUGUGGAACUGGAUCCUGAACUUCCCUUGGCUCUCCUAGACCAAAAGCUGGCGGGGAAGAGGCUACUGCUGAUCACCAACUCGGACUAUCAGUACACCCACCGCAUGAUGACCCAUGCGUUUGAUCGGUUUCUGCCUGAAGAGAUGACGUGGCGGUCUCUCUUUGACAUGGUGAUCGUGUCGGCUCGCAAGCCCGAGUUCUUCUCCAUGGCUCACCCACUGUAUGAGAUCGUGACGCCUGAUGGGCUCAUGCGACCGUGCUUCAAGGCCAAUCCCGGAGGGCUCUACUGCGGAGGCAGCGCUCAGAUGGUCGAAAAAGCCCUUGGAUUCGCAGGGGACGAGACGCUGUACGUGGGAGACCACAUCUACACGGACGUGUCGCAAUCCAAGCUGCACCUGCGCUGGCGCACCUGCCUCGUGUGCCGCGAGCUCGAGCAAGAGGUUGAAGCAUUGAUUCAGGGCCACGACACAAGGCUCCGGUUGAUUGACCUGAUGGCUCAGAAGGACCGAGUCGGAGACUGCUUCAACCAGCUGAGGCUGGCGCUGCAGCGGCGUACACAGGGGCAGGCGGCGCAGACGGCAGCGGUGGGGGAGAUGGAAGAUGGGGAGCUGGUGAGGAGCAUGCAGCGGCUGCUGUGGAUCAUGGCGAGGCUUGAUGGGGAGAUUGCUCCCUUGCUCGAAACGGACGGGGCUGCAUUUAAUGAUAGAUGGGGAUACCUCUCUCGAGCUGGACUUUGGGAUAAGAGCCACAUUACCCGGCAAAUAGAGAAAUAUGCUGACAUCUACACCUCAAGAGUUUCCAACUUCUUGCGCUACACCCCGUUCAUGUACUUCCGAGCACAAGGGCAGGUACAGUGUUGA